AUGUCAAUACCAACGUCCAUAAAGGUGAUAGACGGUAUUGUUGACCAGUAUCGUGAAGAAGUUUCCCAACUUGAUAUACCUGACUUUACUACGCCAUCGUCGUCAUAUAAAAAUCCUGUUGUGUCUCCAUAUGUCAAUGAGUUCAAAUUGAAUCGGAUCAUAAAUGAUAUACCCACCAUAAAGUUGCAAUUAAACAAAUACAAGGGCAAUAAGACGUAUCAAGAUGUAUCAGACAAGAUAUUGCAAUUACAGAGCUUGUUGGACGAAAAGUUUUAUAUUAAUGAUAAAUUGAUUCGUAUAUGGGUGUCGAGCAAAACAGUUACAGGUUUGACUGAUAAUGCUGACAAUGCAGCCGAAGAAAAGACCAAUGACGAAGCUAUAGAAUUGAAUAAUGACGAAGAGAACCUUGCUUCAUUGCGCAAGAGAUUGCUAUCAGGCGGAACACAUACUUCCCUAGAUGAUACUACAAAUAACAAAUCCUCUAUAGAUAAGGCGAAUAAUUAUCACGAAUCAAUUCAAGAAGACAUUUUGAGUGAAUUGACGGGAUUUGCCGCAAGCUUGAAACAGUCAGCUGUCACAUUAUCUUCCAAGCUUUUAGAUGAUAAUGCCGUUUUGAAUAAAACAGGUGAUAGUUUAAUGAAAAACGAAACUCUAAUGAAAAGUGUCGGAAACAAUUUAAACAAUUACGUUACUAAUAAAUCAGGUGGAAAGAUAAGCUUCUGGUUUUUGAUGAAGAUAUUGCUUGCUUCUUUUUUAUUAUUUUUUGCGAUGGUUGUUCUAAUUAAGAUAUUUCCGAAGAUGUAA